UCUCCCCGAAACAGAAACACCAACCUCCCCUCGGCCGCCGACCAUGGCGGAUGCCGCGGCCGCGGCCGCAGGAGCGACGCCUCUCCUCCGCAACCUCCCUGAAGAGAUCGUCCUCUGCGAGAUCUUCGCCCGCCUUGACCCCAGAUCCCUCAUCCGCUGCCGCGCCGUCCGCCGCGCCUGGCGCCGCGCCACCUCCACCCGCCGCUUCCUCCUGGCCCACCACGCCCGCCAGCCCGCCCUCCCCAUCGUCGCCGACAACGGGUACCGUACCUUCCUCGCCUUCGACCACCGGGCCGCCGCCGCCGACGCCCAGUUCCACACCGUCGCCCGGCUUGACGAGUCCUUCAGUCUGGAGCUCUGCUGCGACGGCCUCCUCAUCGUCGCCAAGUCUGGCAUGCUUGGCAAUCGCGCCCGCCUCACCGUCUGCAACCCGGUAACGCGUCAGCACGCCUCCCUCCCGCCCCUGCCGGACUUCAACAUCCUGGGGAUGUACCUACACGGACCUACCGGCGAGUACCGGCUGUUACUGCAGUGGAGGGGCGCAAUGGACUGGGGGGACGACAGUGACUGUGACUCGCCUACAGGCAAAAAUGGCUGCUAUGUCUUCGCGCUCGGAUCCGACCAGCCCCCGAGGUACAUCGGGUUGUCGGAGCCCAAAUUCUCGUCGGCUUACUUCCACGGACCUGCCAGGGUGCGUGAUAGCCUGCAUUGGUGCCUGUUUUAUCGCCCAGGCGAGAACCCACUGGAGGAUUGUGAGGCUGGAAGGGAACUGGUAGUAUUUGACACCACAGCUGAGUCGUUUAGGCAGAUGCGUGCUCCAGCUGAUCCCGCCAAGUCAUUCAUCUUUGAGAUGGAUGACAUGCUUGGCAUCUAUUGCUGUAACAAGGCUGCUGAAGUUGUUGAUAUAUGGGUGUUAACGAACUACGACAGUGGGGUUUGGGACUUAAAGUACCGAGUUGCAUUGCCGAUCACAGAAAUCAGGGGAAAGCUUGAAGGCCAUGAUGGUGAGGGCUAUUGGUAUGCGACCGUUGCUUCGGGUGGUGGUGACAUGCUCUUGAUGGUCAGUUUUGGUUUUUGGCUGUUUUACGUUGACACUGAUGGCAAACUGGUUGCUAGCUUCCAAGACAUCUAUCCCUCUAGGCAUCGGCUCAAACAAACUCUUGUUCCGCAUGAUUUCUUCAGAACAGUAAAAGGUCAGGCUGUCGACGCUUCACCUUUCGUAUCCUCGUGAGUUGCGAAUGUCUAUGUAUUGGAUCAAGUAUGGGCCUGCUGAUUUCUUCUUUUUGUGUCGAUCAGAAGUGACUGCCAUGUGGUUGCAUGAAACCUAUGCUUGUUUCAGACUUUAGAUACCAUUUCGGGAUGAAGUGACUACUGCUUGUGUUGAUGCUAAAAUUACCAAGCCUUUUUGUUCUGCUUUUGAAAUAUUGUCGAGCUCAUCCGCCUUAUGUCUCUAUUUUCUUGGGCUGAGGACAUGCUUUAUUCUA